CGGCCCCGCUGGCGCCGCCCGCGGCUCCCGCGGCUCCUCUGCCUAUUUUAGUCACAGCCGCGGCUCCGUGCCCGCCGCGGGACCGCCAGCGGUGACGAGCGGCAGCCGCGGGCUGUUGCCGUCCUGUCCGGGCGGCCCGGCAACUUUCCUGGGACGCGGGGCAGGAGUCUCCAGGAUGAAUACAACAGCAAUGAGCCCACUUACUGUUACUCCACUAGAUUUUGUUCCAGACUUAAAAAAUUCCACCCUUGAUCCUCUCAAUGAGACUGCAUGUGAAAACUGGAAAGAGAUUCAUCAUCUUGUUUUCCACGUGGCAAACAUUUGCUUUGCAGUUGGAUUGGUUAUUCCAACUACUUUGAAUCUUCAUAUGAUUCUUCUGCGAGGCCUGCUCACGAUAGGAUGUGCAUUAUUCAUCAUUUGGGCUACACUCUACCGUUGUGCCUUGGACAUAAUGAUCUGGAAUUCUGUGUUUUUGGUUGUCAACCUUUUGCAUUUCAUAUACCUGGUGUAUAAAAGAAGACCGAUCAAGAUAGAGAAGGAGCUUAGCAGCCUCUACAAGAGAAUGUUUGAACCUCUCCAUGUGCCUCCAGAGCUCUUCCAAAGACUAACUGGACAAUUCUGCAACAUUCAGACUUUGAAGACAGGUCAAGCCUAUGCAGCAGAAGAUAAAACAUCAGUAGAUGAUAGGCUAAGCAUCCUGCUGAAGGGGAAAAUGAAGGUGUCUUAUCGAGGACAUUUUCUGCAUAAUAUUUACCCCUGUGCCUUUAUAGAUUCUCCUGAAUUUCGAUCAACACAGAUGAACCGGGGUGAGAAAUUCCAGGUCACCAUUAUUGCAGAUGAUAACUGCAAGUUCCUGUGCUGGUCCAGGGAAAGGCUGACUUACUUUCUGGAGUCUGAGCCAUUUCUUUAUGAGAUCUUUAAGUACCUUAUUGGCAAAGAUAUUACAAAUAAACUUUAUUCAUUAAAUGAUCCAACCUUAAAUGACAAGGCUUCAAAGAAGAUUGACCGGCAGCCCAGCCUUUGCUCUCAGCUCUCCGUGAUGCAGAUGAGGAACAGCAUGGCCAGCACCAGUGACAGUGAGGAUGGCUUGCAGAUGUUUCUUCGUGGGACUUCCUCUGCAUCCUCUCUUCGCCCAGGCCGCACAUCUCCUUACCUGAGAACUUCAGCAAAGAUGAAGCCCAUAGAAGAAAGUGUUGAAGAUGAUGUCUUUGAAGCACCGUCUGCUGAUAAGCUGGAGCUCCAGCGGCUGCCUUAAACAGUUGUGUCCUCAGGUGUAUCAGAGCUUGCACAAAGCUCCAGUGCAACAGGAUGGAGCUGAAUUUCGGAGGAAUCUGAAAGCAAAGCCCACCUCUCCAUGUUUGAAUUUACUGCAGCAUAUGCCAGUUGUUUCUAGAUGGAAAUAUCAUGUUUUAUUUUACUUCUAAAUAAAAGAAAUAAAAACUUGUGUGA